CUCAGCAUCACAAAGAGGGCUUCAUCUUUUGGGUUGGAUAGUGCAGCUUGAUACCUAGUCUGGACCCAAUUUUUGGAUUGUGAUUACUGUUCACUAUUUGCUGUAGUGGGCUGAUUACUCCAUAUUGACGUGGGCUCCUAGUUUUGAUUAUAGGCAGGCAGCCAUGGAAACUGUGGGUGAAGUCUGAAGAACCCCCCCAAAAUGGGAAGGAUUGAAGUAAUAAAAAUGAUGGUGUCAGUAUUUGUUUUCUUUAAAACUGAAUUUUGGGACUUUGGUUCCUAGAAGCUUUUUGAAUGAGUGAAUUUGGUUUCAAGAGAUGGGGCUGCUGCAAUUACAUGGUCAGAGGAAGGUGAUAGGUUGGCAGACAUUGAUUGGUCGCUGUACAAUUUCCUGUUUCUCCGUUUUGAUCACUCAGUCCGCUCUCUUUCUGGUUCCUCUCUUCUUCGCAGCCUCCCCAAUCCUCAUUCAGCUCACAAUCUCAGCUUUAGUUUUUCUGGCAGUCGUGGGAUUUGGGGGGUGGUGUAGGCGUCUUCAUGGAUUCCAUGCAUCAGCUCCAGCUUUUGUUUUCUUCAAUAUAUUUUUUUUCUGGGGUGUUUAUAUUGCUAUUGUUCGACAAGCAAUUUCACGUUUUGUGGACAUUGUGUUGAAUAUAGAGAUGAUCAUGCUCAUCAUUGGUCUAUUUAGGAUCAUGGUAAAGGAUCCUGGUUUUGUGGCACAGGAGUCUGUUUGUUUGGACAAACUCGAUGAAAGUUCUGUUCUUGGUGUUCAAACUAACAAUGAGAGCUCUCUUUUGCAAAUGAGAGUAAGAUACUGCAAGAGCUGCAAGACAUAUGUACAGGGGUUUGACCACCACUGCCCUGCUUUUGGGAACUGUAUCGGUCAGAAGAAUUAUGUCUUCUUCAUGGUUCUUCUUGUUGGAUUUAUUACUACUGAAACUUUUUACGCUGUUUGCUCAUCCCAGUUCGCCACAAAAUUUCCAGUUUUGGAAGGAAAUAUGUUGGAGACUAACCCCAUCUCAGUAAUUGCAAGGAGCACAUUGCUAUUUUCUCUUCUGCAAGUACUAUGGCAGGGGCUGUUUCUGAUCUGGCAUGUCUAUUGCAUAUGUUUCAAUAUCAGAACUGAAGAGUGGGUAAACUGGAAGAAGUAUCCAGAGUUCCAACUUAAUGCUUCAUCCUUACCAGGAGAGAAUUAUCAUGAGUUGAGGUUUACAAAUCCGUAUGAUAAAGGAAUCCUGCAAAAUGUCAAGGAGUUUUUAACAUUGAAAUGAUAGCAGUGUUACUGCCCAUCUUUCUCUUGGACCUUCCUAGCUGUUUGUCCCUUUCAUGCUUAGCAGCUGCUUUGUCUUUGGGGACAGUUCUUGCAUGCAUGUACAAAAUUUCGGUAUUUGGUUUGACAGCAAGUGCCUUAAAGAGGUUGAUUAGGGGUCAUUGAUGCUUGAAUAUGUGCUUGGAUAUCUACUCACCUGAAGGACCAACUUGGUCGAUGUUAGAAUACAAAACUGAAGCAUUCUCCUUUAGAUAUCAAA